AGCAGCCCGCUCUCCUCACCUCCGGAGAGCGUCAUCGACGUGGCUAUUCACAGUCCGGCCGAAAGCGGUGAUAGAGUACCAUACUCGGCCGACCAUCAGGAAUUGAGGGCUGAGACAAGAGAAGUAAUUGCGAAUCAACCAACUGCCAGCCCCAAGGGGAAUAUCACAGCAGACGAUUUGCCCUGUCACAACUCUGACGAUGGCGGCCAAUCCAGCACCCAAAAGCGCAAAGCCAGCAUUUCUCGCACGUCCGCUCCGGCCAAGAAGGCCCGGCGUAUCGUGCCAGCGCAGAAGAAGUCCGCACAUGAGAAGAAGUGGGAAGCCCCGUUUGUCUAUACCGACCCGAAGGCGCCACUCGCAAACGCCGAUCUGAGAGCGAUCCUCCUGCAUCCGGACGCUUGGGAUAUCCUAACUCCGGAGGAGAAGAGGGAUGUCCUCGCCAAGUUUCCCGAUGAGACGCAUAUCCUGGAUGCUGGGACGGCCAAUGCUCGCCCCGACACGGUAUCACUCCGCAAUGACGACAACUUCCGGCAUGAUUGUGCCCGGUACUGUGAGAACAUUGAGCUCGGCCGCCACGAUGAAGAGUGGCUACGCCAGGCGUGGACUGCCCACGAGAAGCAGAAGCGCGGCGGUUUCGACGAGUUCCUCCGAGAGCAGUUUGAGGAGGAAUGGGAGGUCGAGUUACCUCGCGAG